AUGGGAUAUUCUGCAAUCUUCGGCAAGUACAUCAUGCCAAUAUUCACAAUCCACGCAGCUGGGCAAGCAGAAAAGAUCGUCGCAGUAGGCUUCGUCUCAAGGAGUGAGCUGGCGAAGGAUUACAAAAACGAUGAGUUUUGGGUUCUCAACGAUGCGGAGACCGGUGAGAGCACUCCAGCGAAGGAUCUCGAUGCAGAUAUCUACAACGAGGCUUUCGACAAUGAUGCCCUCACCUACGACAGUCGGAGAAAUCCCUGGGACAAGGGCUGGAAAAGCAACUGUUUCACAUUCUGGUGCACUCCAAGAUGGACUCCGGAUCAGCUGGGCGAGUUUUAA